AUGGGCAAGACCGGUGCCACUCUUGCAUCCCUGGUGUCCGAUGAAAUCGACUACAUUCAACUGGCUCAACAGGUCAAUGAUUCAGAAUCAACUGCAGCUGUAAAGAAGAUGGUUCAACUGUCAGACAAGGCCCGUGAGAUACAAAACUCUCUGCAGAACUAUCUUCAGGAAGCAACCCCCAGUCUGAUGGAACUUCGAACGACUCUCCUGGAGAAGCCCGGUUGCCAGUCGUUCCAGCAAGUUUUUGGACCUCCUUGGAACGAAUGUCUUCUCAACCAGGAAGCCGACGGUACCAAGAACAUUAUUGUUGGCGCUCUUCAGCGUCUCGUCAAUAAUAUUGCUUAUGUCGUUCCUCGAACGCACUCUUUGUACGGUGCUUUUCUUGACAUGGCUUCCAGGAUGGACAUUGCUGUCAUGUCUUCCCUCGACCUUGAUCUUGUCCGAGCCAAAGAUCGUCACCAGAAGCGGCUGAACAUCAACGACGAUCUGCCAUACCGCAACGAAAUCAUGACAAAUGUGGCCGAAGCAAUCGGAAGACUCGAGCGUGGGUCAGCAUCGCAGGACCGACUUCUACGUUCAAAGCUCUGCUCGAUCCUCGACGCAGCUGAUGCGCUGAUCCUGAAGGAGAACCUUCCGCGAGACAUCAGCAUCGUGAUCUCAGCCAAAAACCAUGAGGAAUAA